UUCACAAAGUAGGAGAAGAGGAUGAUAUAAGUUUGGGUUUUGCCAAGUUGAACUUCGCCAUUUUUCCUAGCUGUAUUUUAGGUUGCAGAUAAAUUUAUAUUGAUGUUAUAAACAUUUAAUACUGUGUAUGUGCAUCUCCUAUGUUUUAGUGAACUGAAUAACUAUUGAAUAGUUUUAAAACCGAAAUGAAAGUAUCUGUCAUUAUCUUACAUUCAAAUCGGACCCCCGUUGUUUCAGAAGAAUUGUCCUAGUGUUGGUUUUCAAAUAUGGAUAAAAGAUUACAUAAAAUAAAACAGCAAGCGUUCAUGUCUGGUGCAUGCGAUUCUUCAACUCCUAUCCAGCCAAGUUUACCUUUGAAGCAUCGAAGUCUCUUCGGUGAGGUUGCUGAUGCUGCAGUUAAUAAAGUAAGCAAAAAGACUACUGUAGUUAUGAUACUGGAGGCGGUAAGCACAUUAGCUGACCCAAAGAAAGGUGUUUCAUUCCAAGCCAUUAAAAAGUGGAUUCUUGCGAAUAAUUCUGAGGUGAAUGAAGACAGAAUUUCGGGCUUAAUGAAAAUUGCUGUGAAGAAAGCUCUGGAGAAUGGUAAGCUAGUAAGAUCUAAGGCAUCAAAAAACUGUCAUGGCGCGGUUGGAUCUUUUGCUUUACCUCGCAAACAAGAGAUCAAGAAUUCAAAAACAAACUUUAUAAAAAAACGUCUUCCAGAAAUGCAUGCUUCUGACCCAGAAAUAACCCUUAACAAACCAAGAACUAAAAAAAAGCGUUUAAACGUUUCCGACACUGAAAUGGAAAUUUCUCGCAGGAUGGUUGGCAAAGCAAAGCCAGAAGUUUCUGGAAAAGUAAAACCGAAAAGUACCAAAGCUUCCAAGAAAGAUUCUGUUCCCUUAACAGAAAGAAUGCCUAAAAAUCUCAAAGCAGUAGUGUCUGAUAAAGUAAAAGCAAAGAGUACCAAAGCGUCUACGAAAGAUUCGGCUAAUAUGAAAGGCAUGACAGUUGAAAAGCUCAAAAAAGACUCGCUUGAAAAGGCAAGAAGUACAAAAAUUUCUACAAAAAAUCCUGUUACGGUAAAAGGCACAAUAAGUGGAAAACUCGAAGCAGAAGAGUCUGAAAAGGGGAAGAAACCUAUCAAAGUUCCUAAAAAAAAUCCUGUUGCUCCAAAAGGCAAAGCUCUUGAUGCUAGACUCGACUCUGAUGCGAAUAAGAACAAGACAGCUUCCAGGGAAGUAAAUAAUAUGAAAAAAGCUUCGAAAAAAGAAGCUAUUCCAAAAAGAAAAAUUACCAAAAUAAAACUCUAUUCUGAAACGUUUAGAAAAGCAGAAGUUAAGAAUCGAAAAGAUAUAUCAGAUUCCGAAGUAGACGUGAAACGGAAUCUUGGACAAUCUCUAAGGUCUUAUCAUUCUGAUACUGAAGCUUGAAGUAGUUUAAGAACAAGGAGGCUUCUUGCAAAGAAAAAUGCACUUGAUAGUACUUUUAAACUAAGAAUAAAGGGGGGGAAAUGAGUACUGUUAUAGUUGGUGCCGAUUCAAAAGCUUAAAACUCCGAUGAAAAAAAUCUACAGUUUUACUCUCAAGACGGGUAAAAAUAAGUUUCACAUCUGAUAAGCUACCACAGAUCAUUUCGGAUGGUUUUAUUAAAAUUAUUGCAUUUGAUCCGAAACCGUUGUUUUUAAAGUGAUUUUUUUUAGCAUUAGUUGAAAUGUAAAUUCUGUUUAUAUUCAUGUAAGUAUUUUCAGUUGUAUGUUCAUAUAAAAAUUCAAGAGUCUAUUUUUGUGCAAGAAAUAUUUUAAAUUCGUGUUUUAAAGAAUAAAGAAUUUUCAAAAGAAUU